AAAAUUUUCGAAACUUUUGGAAAUCUGUCAGAAGAGGGAAUUCUGACGCACAAUACAUUUUAAGAGAGUGUUAUCGUUAUGAUAUAGGAGUAUCUAAAAAUCUGCUUAAAGGAGAGGAUACUUUAGAGCGUAAAUCAAACUAG